UUUAGGUUAAAAAAAUAUGCGUUGUGCUAGGUUAACACGAAAUGUUAUCUUAUUUUUGUUAGUUGAAUAGAGUACCAAAAGCUUAGUUUGUACUUGAAAAUAAUGUGAGUUUAAAUUUAUGAAACACAAUUUUGAUUAAACAUUUUACGUCAAAGUUAUUCGGAAAGCAUAUUAUCAAGACAAUGGAUAAUAAAAGGAAGUCUAAAUUCGGCAACAACAAACCGAAACGUUUUCAAAAAUCUCAAUUUGAUCGCAAGAAUUAUUCAAAUAAUUCUACAAAAAAACCGUACAGGCACCUGGACCAAGUGACUGAAGCUGAAGUAGGAAUAUCGGAAUUCAUAAGCGAUCAACCUGGAUUUACUGGGGUCUUGAAAGCCAGAUAUUCAGAUUUUCAUGUGAGUGAAGUAGAUCAAAAUGGCGAAAUAGCAGUUCUCACUAAUACUAAUAUUCCCAAAGACGAGAAGACAAAUAUCAAUUAUGAUUCAAUUGACCAAUCUCCAAUUGAGAUUUUGCCUCAAAACAAGUGGGAUGAAAUUAAAGAAAUGGUUAAGACUGGAUCAAAGGAGCCAGUGAAAUUUGAUGUUAGUAAUUUCAACAAGGAAGAACGUACAAUUCUACAUACAAAAGUAAAAGGGAUAUUUGGAAAUAAAAUUGACAGUAACACAGUUGAUGAAGAUGAUAAAAGAAUUGUUGUUUUCAAGAAACCUACUCAUGGUUGUAAGGAAAGAUAUGUAUGGCCUGAGGGUAGAGGUCAAUAUGUACAUUUUAUUCUCUAUAAGGAAGCGCUAGAUACAAUGACUGCAUGUUAUAAAGUUGCUGAUGUUAUCAAGAUAAAACCAUCAUAUAUAUCUUAUGCAGGUAUAAAAGAUAAAAGAGCUAAAACAACCCAAUGGCUGUGUAUUAAGCAAGUUGAACCAUGGAAAUUGAUUAUUAAAUCAAAACCAUUCCGAAACAUAAAAAUUGGUAAUAUUACAUUCAAAGAUACUCCUUUGAAACUUGGUGAUUUGAGUGGUAAUAGGUUCAAGAUUGCUCUGAGAAAUGUUGUUACUGAAAAUUCUACUAUUGAGAAGGCAAUAGAAUAUGCUAAGGAAAAUGGUUUUAUCAAUUAUUACGGUUUACAACGAUUUGGUAAUGAUAAAGAAGUACCAACUUACACAAUAGGUGUAAAACUCCUUUUAGGUAACUGGAAAGAAGCUUGUGAGCUGAUAUUGAAAUUGAAAAAGUCUGAUGAUCCUACUUCAGACAUUGUAAUAGCAAAAAAGAUUUAUGGAGAGACAGGUAAUGCAGAACAAGCAUUCAAUUCUCUCCAUAGAAGUAAAAAUAAUUGUCUUGAGGCGAAAUUAUUACAAGGACUAACAAAAGAGAAGCAAAAUUAUGUAAAUGCCUUGGAAAAUAUUCCAAGAAAUAUGAGACUUUUGUAUAUUCACUCCUUCCAAAGUUUAGUUUGGAAUAGAAUGGUGAGUAUCAGAAUCAAAAAAUAUGGUCUCAAACCUGUUGAAAAUGAUUUGGUGGUAAUUAAUGAUGUAUUCACUGAACCUGAAAUAGACCCAAUUGAAGCAGAAGAGGCUUUAGUUGAGGAUGCUAUUGAUGCCAAAGCUGAGAAUGAACCAGAAGUACAAAAAACCAGGCAGCAAGUGAAAGCUUUAACUGAAUCAGAAUUAUCCAAUUAUUCAAUAUAUGAUAUUGUACUGCCAUUACCUGGUUAUGAUGUUGAAUAUCCUGAAAAUAUGAAAGAGGAAUAUAAGAAUGAGUUGGAAAAAUAUGGUUUGACAUUGGAGAUGCCCAAACAAAGUGUAAAGACUUAUACAGUAUCAGGAGGAUACAGGAAGAUAUUGGGGCGAAUGCAGGAUCUUAAGUGGAAAAUAAUGAAAUAUAAUGACCCAAAUAAUAGUCUGAUUUUAUCAGACUUCGAUGUUUUGAGGAAAAUCGAGGAACCUAAAGAUGUACUAGAUGGUAAAUAUAAAGCAGUUAUUUUGGAAUUUACAUUAGAUCCUUCUAUGUAUGCUACAAUGCUUUUAAGAGAAAUAAUGAAAAUUGACACUUCACCUAGUGCUCAAGUCAAAAUGAAUGACUAUGCUACUCCAAAUGAAUCAACAAAAAUAAUAAUAAAUGACAGUAAGAAAGAAGAGAACAUAAUAAUCAUGAAUGGACUCGCUCACAAUAGUAUAUUGAAUGACAAAGUAAAGAUGGAAGAAUUCAAAAGAAGUAUCUAUGGAGAAACAGCAAAACGUAAAACCGAAUCUAUUGAAAAUGAUGACUCUCCUAAGAAGCUGAAAACGAGUGAUUAAAAAUUGACUGGUUAAAUACUAAAAUUUAAGAUGUUAUUUAUUUAUAUAUGUAAGACAAUAAAGACAUGAUUUCUAUA